UUGAAGUCUCGCCCCUCCACAGUGUUCCUCACUGGCAAGGACAAGCAAGGAAAGACUGUACGGAAGUUUACUUAGUAACGUCCUCCUGCAGUGAUGGUGAAAAUUGUUACUGUCAAAACUAAACCUUACACCGAUCAGAAGCCCGGUACUAGCGGGCUCCGGAAACGGGUAACGGUUUUCCAGAACAGUGCUCAUUAUGCUGAAAAUUUCAUCCAGAGCAUUAUUUCAACCAUCGACCCGUCCGAAAGACAAGAAGGGACGCUUGUGGUGGGAGGCGAUGGAAGAUUUUAUUUAAAGGAGUCAAUCAAGCUCAUCAUAGGGAUUGCUGCUGCAAACGGGAUUGGACGUUUAGUAAUUGGACAAAAUGGAAUUUUGUCAACUCCAGCAGUAUCGUGCAUUACUAGAAAAAUCAAGGCUAUUGGUGGUAUCAUCUUGACAGCAAGCCACAAUCCUGGUGGUCCCAGUGGAGACUUUGGUAUUAAAUUCAAUACUUCCAAUGGAGGUCCAGCCCCUGAAGCCAUUACUGACAAGAUUUUCCAGAUCAGUAAAACCAUUGAAGAAUAUGCUAUCUGCCCAGAUUUGGAAGUGGAUCUUGGCACCCUUGGAAAACAGCAGUUUGAUUUGGAGAAUAAGUUUAAGCCAUUUACAGUUGAGAUCAUCGAUCCUGUGGAAGCCUAUGGCAAUAUGUUACGGAACAUCUUUGACUUUAGCAUACUCAAGGAGUUGCUCUCUGGACCAAACCGCUGGAAGAUUAGGAUAGAUGCCAUGCAUGGAGUUAUGGGACCUUAUGUAAAGAAAAUUCUGUGUGAAGAACUAGGUUCUCCGGCAAACUCUGCUGUUAACUGUGUACCUUUGGAAGAUUUUGGCGGACAUCAUCCUGACCCAAACUUGACAUAUGCCGCUGACUUGGUGGAGACCAUGAAGACUGGGGAGUAUGACUUUGGAGCUGCAUUUGAUGGAGAUGGUGAUCGUAAUAUGAUUCUUGGAAAGAAUGGAUUCUUUGUAAACCCAUCAGACUCUGUAGCUGUGAUUGCAGCCAAUAUCUUCACUAUUCCGUAUUUCCAGCAAACUGGAGUCCGUGGAUUUGCUCGGAGUAUGCCUACCAGUGGGGCCUUGGAUAGGGUGGCACGAGCUACGAAGAUUGCACUUUAUGAAACUCCAACAGGCUGGAAGUUUUUUGGAAAUUUAAUGGAUGCAAAUAAAUUAUCUCUGUGUGGAGAAGAGAGCUUUGGCACAGGUUCUGAUCAUAUCCGAGAGAAAGAUGGAUUGUGGGCUGUUUUGGCUUGGUUGUCAAUCAUUGCUGUACGUAAGCAAAGUGUGGAGGAGAUUCUAAAAGAUCACUGGCAGAAAUUUGGAAGAAAUUUCUUUACAAGGUAUGACUAUGAAGAGGUGGAUGCAGAAGCAGCCAGUAAAAUGAUGGCAGAUCUCGAGUCUAUGAUGUUGGAUCGUUCCUUUAUUGGGCAGAAGUUCAGUGCUGGUGACAAGGUGUAUGUUGUAGAUAAGGCUGACAACUUUGAAUACAGUGACCCUGUGGAUGGAAGCAUCUCAAGAAAUCAGGGUCUGAGGAUAAUUUUUACUGAUGGAUCUCGCAUCAUCUACCGGCUGAGUGGUACAGGCAGUGCUGGUGCAACAAUCAGGCUAUACAUAGACAGUUAUGAAAAGGACGUCUCAAAGAUAUAUCAGGAACCACAGGUGAUGCUGGGUCCCCUUGUUACUAUCGCACUGAAGAUAUCACAGCUGCAUGAAAGAACAGGACGCAGUGGCCCUACCGUUAUAACAUAAACCUGCUUAACUUAAAUGCAGGAAGCCAACGCCUCUCUCUCCAGUGAACGCAUUUUGGAGUAUAAUGAAUUUAUUGACCCCUGUCUUCCUUUAAUAUGCAGAUUCUAAUUUAACCAUGGAUGCAGUAACAUGUUUAAAAAGUGUACAAGCAGUGUUUAUAGAUAAUGUUUACAUAAGUUAUUCUACUGGAAACAUUUCCAAUUUUAAAUAUCGGAGAGUACUGCUAAAGACACGGUUUACUGUAUUGGGUAUUGAUCCCUAAUGUUUGUAGAAAACAUAAAACUGAAGAUAACUGGACUCAGCUUUUGUUUUCUUCUCUACUGGUAUGUUAGAAUAGCCUAGAUUUUGAUGCUGCAUAUUACUGCCUUGUAUUUAUUCCGAGUUUACAUUUGCAUUAUUAUGCAAGAUGGAUUUAGGCACAUUUUCACUGUAAACAUAUUGUAUUCUUGAAUGUGAUAUAAAUAAUUGGUUCAUUCUUUAUGCAGCUUAUAAUAAGUUGCACAGCAUGUGUUGGAGCAAGCGGUGUAAACAAACUGCUGUUAUUUGGCUACACCACUGCUGUCACUACUGGAAUUUGCUGCCCACAUCACUGUGCAACAUUUAUGAAGAGAUACAGUUCUUAAAUCUUUUAACAGAUUUCUUGGUCAGGACAUUGUUUCAUUAACAUAGUCAGUGUACAAGUCUGUUUGUUAAUCUCUAUAAAUUGACAGCAGUACUGUCUUUACCAUGCCAGUUUUUUUUGUUUAAAUGUGUGAUCUCUACUGAAUGAUCUGUCCAGUAUUUUUUUGGAUACUUGAUUUCCAAAUCAUGAAAGCAGAGCAGUAGCGUACAGUCUCUUGGGUAUAAAUGGGAGAAAUAUUGUUAUCCCCAGGAAACAAAAACAGUUCAUAAGCAGCCUGUCAGUCAACUAUUUGGGUUUCGUAUGUAAAAGGAAAAGUGUUUACACUGUUUUGUACUUUAACAGUAUGCUCCAUUGCAGUCCAUGAAAAUGUAUAGUAUACAGCAUUUGUCAUAAUCAAAGUCUUACCUUAUUCCCCAAUAAACUGUCAUCCUUGUAAACAGUUA